ACAGGUUGCGUGUUCUUGAUUACUUUCUGGGCAGGGUGAGAGAGACGGAUCGCUACUGCGUGCGACUGAUCGAGAGUAUUUCAGAAACGCGUGGCAUUUACAACAGGAGGGGCGCACUGACAUAUCGUCAAUAAAUGGGGUGCUUCUUCUCCAAAAAAUCUCGGAGAAAAUCUCCUAAAAAAGACUCCGCUUUGCCCACUGGGGACGAGAGCGCUACGGGCAAUGACCUCCCCGAAACUAACAACACUGCGCUGGGCAGCAACAGCAACCAGGAGGCUCCAAAGCAAUACAGCUGGGACAAACGAGAAAAGGUUGAUCCCAAAGACUUCAUGCUGACAGGCCUUAAGAACGAGACAGUGGGUCGGUUGCCAGGCAAGCUCAAUGGCCAGCAGUUUGUCAUUCAGGACUGUGAGAACUGUAACAUCUACGUAUUCGACCAUUCAGCGACCAUUACCAUUGACGAUUGUGUGAACUGCCGCAUUAUAUUGGGUCCGGUUAAAGGCAGUGUGUUCUUCAGAGACUGCAAAGAUAUCAAGUGUGUGGUGGCCUGCCAGCAGUUCCGCACCAGAGACUGCAAGAAAAUGGACGUCUUUUUGUGCUGCGCCACCCAGCCCAUCAUCGAGUCUUCUACGGGCAUGAAGUUUGGCUGCUUCCAGUAUUACUACCCUGAGCUGGCUUUCCACUUUAAAGAUGCAGGCCUAAGCAUCUUUAACAACAACUGGAGCAAUAUUCAUGACUUCACACCUGUUUCUGGGGAGACCAAUUGGAGUCUCCUACCGGAAGAUGCUGUUGUCCAGGAGUAUGUGCCUCUACCAGACCCUGAGUCAGAAUUCAAGUCUGUGAGAAUCUCCUCUGAAGCAAGUCGGAGCAUAGUACCCAUGACCAAAGGAGGUCGGCGUAAAGAGAGUGAAGAGUCCUGUCUGUUUGUCUUCUUUUCUGGGGAUUACACAACUGCUAAUGCCCGGAAGCUUAUUGAUGAGGUGACUGGCAAAGGUUUUGUCCUCAUUCAGACCAAAGAGGUUUCCAUGCGCCCUGAGGAUGUUAACCGAGUGUUCCAGAAUAAUGCAGAGAGCCUCACUGAGUGGAUCACCAAAGGUCCAGUGGUAGCCCUUGAGCUGAACGGAGAUGGUGUGGUGGAGGCAUGUCGAUCCAUUGUAAAUGAAGUGUUUAAUGGGACUAAGGUAUUUGUUUCUGAGAGCAAACAAACGUCAUCACGUGAUGUCGACAACUUUUUCAACUUUGCUGACAUGCAGAUGGGACUGUAAAAGAGGCGCAAAGGGGCACCUUACCUUAAUGUGGGUUUAUAUUUGUUUGGUUAUGUCUUUUUAAGGAAUUGGAUAUGACAUAACUUAAUAUGCGAAGCCACUGAUAUCAGAAUAGUUUGAGGUGUUUAUAACCACUAUUUAUUCUUACCAUAUGAGUUCGAUCUGUGAUCUGACAAUUUGACAUUUUCAUGCCUAUGAAACCGAUAUUUGGUAUUAAAAUGCGUUUUGGUCGAUCAGAUCACGAGUGGAUGGCGCUUAAUACAGGUGUAAACAGGGUUUACAGGUCUAAAACAUUUUGAGCUUGUCCACUUUCGACCACUUCCAGAGGUAGUCGAAAACGCAUUAGACCGGAUUGCUUUCGUACUAGUGUAAAUGCUCAUGUGGUCGAAUGUGUUAGAAAUCGGACAGCCACAAAAGACCCUGUUCUCUCCGCCUACUGACUUAAUGCGUAAACAUUAUGGGAAGUGCGCUAGCCAGAUGGGAUUUAAACUUUGGCUGGAGACCCAAGUUUGUUUUGAAGAUGAAAAACUUACCAAGCAUGUUCUCUUUCCAAGAGUUCUAACACACACGUUCGGUGCAGUCUUGUGGUUUUCUGCUGCUCUCCAUGUAUUUUUCCUUUGUCUCUGGGUAUGUUCAUAUAUAAAUUGUCGAGCUUAUUUUCUCCAUUAGAUCGAAAGAUCUGAAAAAAAAACAUACAUUUACCAACUCAUAGACCCUCCCCUCGAAAAAAUCAGGAAAAAAUCAGAAGUGGUUGAAAGUGGACAAAAGAGACACCAGGGCCCGGUUUUUCAAAGUAAUCCACUAGGAUUUUGGAUAACGGAUUGGAUCAAAUCUUGAAAAUGGGUUUUUCAAAAGAAAAAAUGUAAACUGGAUUCCAUGAUCACAAAUCGCAAAAAAAAAAAGGAUUACUAAAUCCGGAUCAAUUUUUUUUAACCUUUUGAAAAACCGGGCCCAGGUGUAAACGGGUAUGUGUCUUCCUCGUCUACUUGUGAUCUGAUUCACCAAAAGGCAUCUUAAAACCAGGUGUAAACGGGCCAUAGUCAGUUAAGUUAUUUGGAAACUAUCAGGAAGGCAAGUGCCUUUAGAUAGAGAAGAAAAUCAAUGAAAACUGGAACUUUAGUCUAAUCAAACAUUGCUGUGGACAAUUGUAUCACUUAUGCUGAAAAUAAUGAAUUUGAUUAUUUAGAUAUUUAUUUAAUUAGUUUUUUCCAUAAAUGUAUAGCUGGAAAUUGUGUUUUAUUCUCUUUUUCUUGUAUACAUGUUUCCAUUACAUAUUGUAUAGUCUUUUAGUUUGUGUAUACUGAUAAAAUAAUAAUAUUUGUUAUAAUGUCAAAUGCCAGAAAUAUACAUUUUGUUGAAUCAGGUUUUUUAAGUAACUCCAAUGCCACGUUUGUUUUGUUUUCCGCAUUUUGGCUUGUCCCCAAAAUAUAUUUUCUGUUGUUUUUUUUUGUCAGUAUUUUUUGACAUUUGUCCUUCAUAUAUACGUUUUUACGGUAACACUGUUCUGAAAAGAAUGUAAAAAGUUCAAAUUGAUACUUUGAAUGUACUACUAAAAGGAGUUGUCUCCUUCACACUGCUCUAUUUUUGUAGGAAUGUUUAGAGAGCACAACUGUCCUGUGACCAAAAAAAAAAUGUAGAUGAGAGAAUCACAGUGUACCUUUUUUAUUUUAUUGUUAUUUCUAAACAGUUAUUAUUUUUACCAGACAAUUUUGUAGAGUUGAAUAUAAGCUGUGUGUUUUGUCAAUACAUUCAUUUUGGUCUAAAGUUC